GUCAAGAGUAGGAGUGAGGUGGCAGCUGCUGGAUCAGCCACCACCAGCUGCCACCCUGAGCCCAGCACAGCAUGCUCUGGCUCCUGGGACACAUUCCCCAUGGUGCAGGACACCAGCUCAUGGUGGGACACAGCAGAGCUCCAGGGAGAGCCAGAGGAUGAGGAGGAAGGAUGACCACAUCUCCUGAUGAGGACAGUGCUGCAGGGUCGCUUCUCCAGCCAGCCCCAGGCCAGCACACAGGGGAUGAUGAGAGGGACUGAAGCCGCCCACACCAACCCAACCCCAAAUCUCCACCCAAACCUGAACCACAGUGAAGUAUGAGGGGGGAGGAAGAGAAGCCACAGGGCAAGAAGCUCCAGAGCCACCCCUCCAUGUCCUCCCAGCUCCCUGCAAGGUCACAGUGGCUGGAGCCUGCUCUGCCCUGCUCCAGUGGACCUCAUGUCCAGCAGGCUGCAGGACACUCCUGACCCGGCAGGAUCAGGCCUCACCCCAAACCCUCCUGCACCCCAGGAUGCAUGGAGGGCAUGGGACCUGCUCCUCCCUCUGUGCUGAACCCCAGUGGCACCGAGGGGACAUGGGACCCUCUCUCCUGCUACCCUGAGCCACCCAUGGGACGGGGCAGUGUAGGGGCCAAAGGGCCCAUCCUCCCCAGGAUUAUGAAAUCUGUUUGGGUGGAGGUGGCAGCUCCAGCGGCGUUCCCAAACCCGCCCGGUGCCCGGGCCGGCUGCCAGCCCCAGCACGGCCAACCCCGGCCACCGCCAGAAACACCCAGAACGCGGCUGUUUACUGCAGCCCUGGGGGAACGGGGGUCCCCAGCCGGAACGGGGGGGGAGGUUCACACCACGAGCACCCCCACCAAGCACCACUUCGGAUCUCCGGGGCUAAAACUCUCCCGUGCUGCAUUUUGCCAGCUUUCCUCCCCCUCAAACCCUGGAUUUGGGGAGCGCAGCAUCGCCCCGCAGCUGCUGCCCCCGGGACGAGCCCCGGCAGGAUGGGGGGGCCGAGGCCUCCGGGAGAGCAAUGGACUGGCCUGGGAUCCAGAGGAGGAAGAGGCCAGGGCCUGGCCAAGAAGUCCAGGAAACCCAUGAAGGAGCAGAGUGACCCAGGGAGCAUUGAUGCUUGUGAGCUCAGAACCAGUUGUGGGAUUAACACUUGGAGAGCAGAUGGCUUUGCCAAGACUUAUUUAUCAAGGAACAAUGAAUGAACAAAGAAAGUUGUGGGUACAAGGAGCCCCCUGCACUUCUCCCUGUGAGCCAACUGCUUCAUCCCACACCCUGCCACCAAGGCACCAGUGGGUCCUUGAGCUCUCCCUGCCUGGCAGUGUGACUGUGCCCUGGUGUCCUGGAGCAGGGACACCUCCCCACCCUGUGCCUCAAGGAUGAGACCUUUCCACUAACAACAGAUCUUUGGAUGAGUCCAAUCUGAGUUUCCCUUAAUCUGCAGCUGGGCUGCACAUCUGUGAUCUCCUCUGGAGGUGGGACACAUUUCAGAGUUUGGGAUGAGACUGAGAGAUCCUUCACCCAAGGUGGGGAGACCCUCCCUGCAACAGCCCCUCGGUGGGUUCCUGAGUUAACACCAAAGAAAUCCAUGUAUUCAAUUGUGUCAUGUGUGAACCAUUGUCCAAAUCUGAGACUAAGACUGCACCUGGGCUGUACCUAAGGUCCAUCAGGAGUUUAGGAAGCAGGGGGGUCUUGUCUGAACCUUGUACCUAACAGGAAGGUCUCUCUUACCCUUUUACAUCUUCAGUCUCAGUGCAAAUCAUUCCAGCUCAAUUCUAACUUGAUUUUGUUUGGUCUUUUACAUCCAUGUAGGAAGUACCAUAGGGAACCUCAUCAUUGUACUCUGUUAAAUCACACUUUCAUAUUGAAAUAACUUCUGUUAACUGCGUUGAUGGUGACUCUUUGGGUGACCCUAAAUCACUCAUCUGUGACAAAUUAAUGUUGUUGUUAGGAUCCUAAAUCCGGAUUCAUGGCAGAAUCAAGGCCCUGA